AUGUCGCCGAAGAAUGAAGCUGAACGAGAGUAUAUGUCAGGAGUGCCAUAUGUGAAUGCCGUUAGUAGCUUGAUGUAUGCAAUGGAAGAUAGUCAGUAUCUGGUUGGAUAUUGUGACUCGGAUUAUGCGGGUGAUUUGGACAAGCGUAGAUCAACUACUGGUUAUUCAACGGUUGCUUUGUCUACUGCUGAGGCAGAGUACAUGGCAAUUACGGAGGCUGUAAAGGAAGCAAUUUGGCUUCAAGGGCUGCUUAGAGAGCUUGAUCUAGGACAUCAGGCAUCAUUUUCGCAAAGCAAAUUCAGUAGCUCAUCUUUUGGCAACAAAAACCAAGACCAGAGCUUGGCUUUGCAGCAAUUGAAGCUUAAACUGACCAUAGAUGAAUCUUCUUCUUCUGAUUGUGAAUCCAAUGGUCACCUUCCCUACCCAAAGACAAUUUCCUGGAAUAAAAGCACUGAUUGCUGUACCUGGGAUGGAGUAACGUGUGAUAGAAUUACAGGUCAAAUAACUGGGCUUGAUCUUAGUUGCAGCCAACUUCAUGGGACAAUUGAUUCCAACAGCACCCUCUUCCAACUUUCUCAUCUGCUAAAGCUUAAUUUAGCAUACAAUGAUUUCUCCCCUUCCCAAAUUUCAAGCAAAUUUGGCUGGUUUCCAAGUUUGGCACAUCUUAAUCUCUCGCAUUCAGGCUUUUCAGGCAAAAUCCCUUCAGAAGUAUCAUACCUAUCUAAGUUGAUUUCACUUGAUCUUUCCGCAGGUCUUGAGGAGUUGAGAUUUGGACCUCACACUUUCAAAUUGCUCCUUCAAAACUUAACCCAACUAAAAGAGCUUCACCUCACCUCUACAUACAUCUCUUCAGCACUGCCAUCAAACUUCUCCUCUUCCUUGGAAGUCCUGAAUCUUCUUAGCACCGAAUUGUCUGGGAAAGUCCCAGAUCACAUUUUUCAUUUACGAAGAUUGCAAAUCCUUAACCUAGGGAGCAACUUGUAUCUCAAAGGGCAUUUGCCAAAAAUGCAAUGGAACAGUAGCAGCUCUUUAAAGGAGUUAGAUCUUUCUUCAUCAGGCUUUUUCGGGAAUGUACCAGAUGCUAUUGGUCAUCUCAGCUCUUUAAGUUUCCUAGAUUUCUCAAGUUGCUACUUCUCUGGAACCAUUCCUCAAUCUAUAGGGAAUCUAACAAAGCUCAAUAAUUUGCGCCUCUUCUCGAACAACUUCAAUGGUUCACUGCCAUCAACAAUCUCAAAUCUGGUGCAACUUGUUGAAUUUGAUAUUUCAUCUAACAACUUUAGUGGUGAUAUUCCAAAUAUUUUCAGUAACUUCACCAAGCUCAAAUCUUUAUCCCUUGCAGAUAACUUGUUCACAGGGUUGUUUCCAUCCUCAGUUACAAACCUAACAAAGCUGGAGAGUUUAAUACUCUCUAAUUGUUCAAUUGCUGGUCCUAUUCCUUCUAUCGCCACUGGAUUCCCAAACCUCAUUUUGCUCUUCCUAUCAGAUAACUUGCUUACUGGGGAAAUACCAUCUUGGAUAUUUGAUCUUCCUUCCUUAAAAUUCUUACAGAUGAGAGCCAAUCAUCUUACUGGUCAACUUAAGGAAUUUGGAUACAACUUGCUAGAAGUUCUUGAUGUUGGUGACAAUAAGCUGCAUGGACCUAUCCCAAGAUCAUUCUCCAAACUUGUGAACUUGACAACACUAGAUCUUUCUACGAACAACCUUUCUGGUGGUCUAGACAUUGGUAUGUUUUCAAACUGCAAACAACUUAGACGUCUUGGUCUUUCUUUUAACAAUCUGUCGGUGUUUUCCAGCCACAAACAUAUGGCCUUGCCGAGUUCUAUUGGAAGAUUGUAUGCAUCUUCCUGCAAUAUAAGGGAAUUAAAUUUCUUACAAGCUGCAACGAGAAUUGGUCAAUUAGAUCUUUCCAACAACAAGAUCUAUGGCAAAAUUCCUGAUUGGGCGUGGUCUGAUUGGCAAAGCUCAUUGUUUUAUCUGAAUCUUUCAAGCAAUUUUCUAACUGCUAUUGACCCACUUCAUGACUUUGAAAAUCUUGUUUAUCUUGAUCUUGGAUCGAACUUGAUUCAAGGAGAAGUACCUGCUCCACCUCCCUAUAUGUUCAUCUUCAUAGUGUCAAACAACAACUUCUCUGGGAAAUUACCUUCACCACUAUGCAAAAUGAGUUCCCUAAUGAUUCUUGAUUUGUCCAAUAACAGCCUGACUGGAGUUAUUCCAAAAUGUUUAGUAAACAUGAGCAGAAAUCUCUCAGUAGCGCUGGAGGUACUUGAUCUUGGAGAAAAUUCCUUGAAUGAUACAUUUCCCAAAUGGCUGGGAACACUUCCUAGGCUACAGAUUCUAAGUUUGAGAUCCAAUAGGUUACAUGGCCCCGUUACCACUUCUAUAAACCAAGUUUUGUUCUCUAAGUUGAAAAUCCUUGAUCUCUCUUAUAAUGACUUCACUGGAAAUUUAACAGAAAGGUUUUUCAGGAAUUUGAAAGCCAUGACGAUUGUAGAUCCAAGGGGAACUCCCCUAACGUAUAUUGGAGAAUAUCUAUACCAUGAUUCCCUGACAGUGGCUAUAAAAGGGCAGCAGCUCCAACUUGUGAGGAUUCUUUCUAUUUUCACAACCAUUGAUUUCUCACAUAACAAAUUUGAAGGUGAUAUACCAAAAUCCAUUGGCAAUCUUGGUUCACUUCGAGGAUUGAAUUUGUCCCAUAACAGCCUUAUGGGUCCUAUUCCUCAGUCCUUUGAGAAUUUAUCUGUUCUUGAGUCAUUAGACCUGUCAUCAAAUCAACUCUCGGGGAAGAUUCCUCAAGAACUUGCGACUCUGAAAUUUCUUGCUGUCAUGAAUCUCUCAAAGAACCACCUGGUCGGACACAUACCUAGAGGUCAACAGUUCGAUACAUUUGAAAAUGAUUCAUAUUUAGGAAAUGCUGGAUUAUGUGGAUUUCCCUUGUCUAGGAGCUGUGCAGAUAGUGGGAUGCCGCAACAACCUCCUUCAUUUGAGGCCGAUGAAGAAGAAGAUGAUCGAGGUUUUAUGGAUUGGAGAGCAGUGGUAAUUGGAUAUGGUUGUGGAAUGGUAUUUGGAUUAUUUAUGGGAUAUGUCAUUUUCUUAACAGGGAGACCUAAAUGGUUUGUGAGAAUUGUCAACGAAGAAGGAUACAGGAUGGUUAAGAAAAUUGAAGCAAAGAGAAGACGUCUGAAAAGAAGACGAUGA